AUGAGGAGACUACUCAACAGGCAAGCAAGCCGAGGGCCUACAAGCGGAGCUGACCCGGCUAGCCCAUUUUCUACCGACUCCGAGGACAACCAACGAGAACCCAGAGAAAGAUUCGGGGAUAGGAUGACCUCUGACUCCACGGACGGGGAAGUGAGGUCGACGCUAUCUGCAGCUGAUGGUCAACGCAAUCGAAGAAGAGACGAACGUGGCAGGACGUCCCCGUCACUCCUGCAGCUGGCGAGGCAACGCUCGAUGCAGAAGGUACCAGGAACGCCCGGCUCAACUUCUGGAAGGAAUUCUCCCACCAAUAUUCGGGAAGAGGUGGAACCACAGGCAGAGGCAUCAGCAGCGGCGGUGGGGGGCAGACGUUCUGUCAAGUCCUGGGAAACACCGCACAACGUCGGUCAGGGGAUGGGCAGCGGCGAUAACGGUGACGACGGCACACUGUUUCGGAGGGGGUCCGGCGGCUUUGGGAUAGGGGAGGCCCAAUUUGAUGAAGAAGAGCCAUUGCUCCGCGAAGAGGUGGCGGACUACGUGGGGAGCAUCGAUUUCCGAGACGGCACGGGCCCGAGCGCGCUUCCCCCCAACGAGGUCGUGCGAGCGUUUCGGGACGCCGACGAGAUCGCGCUGUUGGGAAGGGGCGGGGAGUUCUGGUCGCGUCUAACGGGGGAUGGCCAUGGCAGGGACCAGCGCCACCACUCGGUGGGAAGGGGGGACGGCAGAGCGGGAUCAAGGGGGGUGGGGAGAGAACCGCGUGGUGGCGGUGCCAACGGGAGGCGAAGACGGGUUGUUCACGUCGAAUCCGCGACCACCGGCAAGUUUUUCAAGGUCUAUGAAGGACUGGGCGGGUCAAGAGGAGGCGGCGAAGCAUGGAGCACGAGCGUCCGCCACCCGGGUGGUGGGGACGGCGCCGGUGAAGACGGCCUUGAAAAGGAAGGGCGCGAGGGCCGCGGGGCGGGUAGCGGGGGCGGCGGUGCUGGAAGCUUUGCGGAGGAUGAAGUCCGGGCGGCCGAGAGGCUCGGAAUACCCGUCCGAGAGGUGUCGCUAAUGAGACUCAACAAAGGCGUCGAGGCAGGAACUUUGCUCGUCCAGGGUGUCUUAGCGGGCCUGACGUUGGCGUCAGCGUACGCGAUGCUGUUGGCCGAGAGUCUCGAGAGCUUCGUCGCCGCAUAUGAGGCACAAGCAGGAGAGAUUCGGCGCGCCAUGUUUUUCCUUUGCACGCUGGCCCUCAUGGGUACUGAGGACCAGCUAAUGCAGGCGAAGGGAAAGGGGGAGGUCUGGGCAAGACUCGGGUGGUGGGGCAGGCUUGAUUUGCAGGGGUCCGUCCUCUUGUACGGAGGAUGCCUUGUGAGCUCGCUCGUGUGCGCGGUUGCCGACACCGGAAUCGCAAACGCCUAUGGGUCCUCGGCCGAAGGAUGGUACGUCAGCGAGAUGGAAGACGGGCUUCGAUCAACGGUCCUGUUGUGGUACGGCUGCAACUUGGCGAGGUUAUUGCUCGCUUGGAUUGGGUUGUUCCUGGUUUGCAGAAGGCGCUGGCGAGCAUCCUUGCUCGGCGACCAGUCGCAAAUCGAACUGAAAGGUCAACGCGACAAGCUUGCUGCCGCUGAAGAACAGAUAUCGCGCCUCAACGGGAGGAAUUUAGACCCUUUGACGACGAAGGAGUUGCAAGAGUUGAGGGGUUCGCUAAAGAGGGCCCUCGACAACGCGGAGCGUAUGAUCGGCUUGCGGUAG